AUGGGUCGAUUUGGUAGGUGCUUAUUGGUUGUAUUUGUCGUUGUAGGCCUUAUAAGCGCUGUUGGGGGGCUGCGAGACGUGCAGAGUAGCAGUGAAGCGUAUAGCGCACUGAUCGGGACGCAACGGCCGACGUUCGUCAAAGUGUACGCCGAUGGUUGCAGAUAUUGUGCAGAGCUGGCACCGCACUUUAUGUUCCUUGAGCAGGUCUUUGGUGAGGAGAUAGAGCUGCUUGCCGUCGAUGGACGACAGGCGAGGCGGUUCGUGCAUGACAUGGGCGUGCGAAGUUUCCCGGAGCUGUUGCUGUUCCAGGGUGGAGCUUCUGACGAGCAAGAGGUGCGAACACGCAGUUUUGUGGGUAAGCACGACGGUGCACGCGGUGCGCAGGCGUUGGCGUCCUACGUGAGUGAGCACACGGGCAUUCUUGCGCGUUGGCCUGGUUCGGUGGUUCACGACGUGGGCGACCCACACAAUUGGCCGGAGCUUGAGCUGCUAUUGCAACAGCAUCCAGCAUUGAUUGCGUUGGUUUCGCCUUGGAUGGAUGUGGACCACCUCAACCAGUUUAAUGGCGAGCUUGCAACUUCCAUUUUGGAGUUGCUCGGAAGCCGCUACAAAGAUGAUGGACUUGUCGUUUACCGAGUAGAUGCCUCCGAUGCUCGAGCUGCGCAUUGGACCAAUACAUUGCGAUGCAGCUUUUUCCCCACAAUUGUUUUAUCGCUAGCCGGGAAGUCCGACAUGUACACACCCGAAAACACGCCGCUUAUCAAGUUCGAAUUUUUGUCCGUUACGUACCCCGGUGCAGAUAGAAUGUCCGUUACUCAGCGACUUGAAGGAUUACUUGAGCACUGUUUCGUGCACUCCGCCGGAUGUCGCGAGUACGUAAAUGACUUACCGCACGCCUCCUAUUACGAGUCGCUGGCCGAGCUUCGUGAUGGGUCUGAUACCUAUCCUACACAGUUUCAAGAUAUAUCUGGCGAUGAGUCUGACGAAAGUUAUGAUUACUACGACUUGGAUGAAGAUGAAAUGCUCUUUGGCUACCUGAGGGACUUGUAA